AUGCCCGGGAACAUUGGAUUCAGGGGCGUUAUUUCUGGAAUGAUGGGGUGCGAUGUAUCCGUGGGACAGGUAUAUUAUGUUAUGUUUUUUCCCCCACUAUUACGCUAGGGUACAUAUACGUAUGCGUUGGAUGUGUAUGAUUGUGAUUAUGAUUUUUUGCUGGGGCGUACUGUGGUGUUAUGUUAAUUGUUUCUUUGUGCAGAUAUUGAAUAUUUCAGUGCUGUAAUUCCUAGAUAUGAGAGGAAAUAUGGAGAAGAGAGUAAUAAGAGAACAUAUCAUGUUGCGAAGGAAAUCCCGACAUUAGCAAAAAUUGAUCGACCAAAGAAGAAAGGACUUCGUGAUACAGUCAAGCAUCGAAGUGAAGGUGGUUGGUUCUUGCCUAGGGAACAUCGUCGACAUUUUUUGAACUUUCCUCAAGGUGUGUUGUGUUGGUUUUUGUCUAUUCCCGUUAGAUUAUUUGACACUCACUAAUUCCUCGAAUACAGAAAUCAUUGAUAUGAUUUUCCUUUGCGUGUUAAGAGUCAAGGACCAUACAAUCACACCGGAUGUUACAACAUCAAACUGGGUACGGGCAUUUAAGUCUCAUCACACUUAUUCUCUAGAUGGAGAGAAGAGUCUCAUAUCCGAACGCAGCUUCAGCACUAUCAUCACACAGACUCGACAAGACCAUCAAGGCAAAUACUUUGAACUUCGAAAAGUAUAUCGUCCAAGAAUAGACGCAACACUAUUACGAGUCUGCAAAAGCUUCAAUCACAAUGGAACUCCAAUGCUGUAUUCGGAAAACAUAUUUCAGUUUACAACUAUGGACUGGAGUGAAACUGGUAGUCCUAGAUCUUGGUUUGACCCCAAGGAAUAUGACAGUAACAGGCGGCAUACGAGAAGCCACACUCACUUUCUGGCUCAUGGCUCGUUGUAUGAAGUACCCACAGUGGUAAGGACCGGAAAAUGGCCGUCUGGUGGCAGUGAGGUCGAUAAGGUCGUGGUUGCAGACGUCAUUCGCAUGAUCGAAACUCCGAGAAUCCCAAUAUUAGGGAACUGUGGACUCCCCGUCAGUUACCACGAUCACUUUUACCGUUUUGUCCAUGCUAUUGGGAAGGAAAAGGCCGCAAUGCUCAAGACUUUAUAUUUCAGUGGCAGAGUGAUACUACACAAUUGUUUGGAAGAAGGAAAUAAAUGUAAACUUGCGUGCAACAGGGACCUCAUCGAUACCAUUCGAUGUUAUAUUCCAAUCAUCAACAAGUACUGCACCGGAUUAACAAGACUAGUUAUUGAAGUAGAAGAAGAUCCUUUGGCAACAGAUUGGUCAGUCCUCACUCUGGGUCUUUCCGGCUCGCUCAAGAGUUUGUUUCGAAGAAGUAUUUCCUCCCUUCUUGAAGGACAACUUCGAAAGUUACAAACGGUGAAGACUCUGGAGGUCUUUCAACUCUUUGAGAUCAAGGAUGGCAUACCUGCAGACUCCACAGCUAGAAAUUCUAAAGCCAAAAGACACAUGAGAAGAGAGAAGCUCGACCUGGCAGAACCGACGAUCGCAUGGUUUAAGGAGAGAGUUAAGGUGUCAGAGAAUGUCGAAAGAAACGGAGGAAGUAUGGAUGAAAUAUGAGAUGUGCAGAUAUUGAAUGAUCAAGGAGAUUUAACAUAUGUGGUAGAAAAAUGACGCAAAGAAUGAUAAGAUAGACUCUGAAAAGAGUGAUCAGUGGGAUGGGCAACCUGUUUUGACUUGAUGAAAAUAAGACAUCAAAAUGCAAGCAUAGGUCGAAUAAAUGAGUUAAACGAAACCAUAAGAUGCCAUCCUCGAUGACUUGAACCUGUCUGUAUAUGUAAAUGUAUACAUCAGAUCAAUAAUAUCACUAAUCAUCAUUAUUAUUGAAAAUGUG